AUGGCCGACAUGAAAAGACGUUGUAUAACCGUAGAGCCAGCUUGUCUUCAUGAAAAAGACAAAGAAAUUCCGAUAAAGGGGGCACACAAACCAACGCACAUCUUGUAUGUUCUACCUCUAAGAAAUGUGUCAACUGAAUUUUCACUUCAGUACAGUACAUUUCUAAAACAGCUGACCGAUCCUGUAGGAAUUUCUGUAAUGAACCUAUUCAUCAUCGACAAGACAACUUUUCUCACUUUAAGUGGAAUGCUGGCAACAUAUUUUGUUGUACUUCUUCAAUUUAAACAGUCAUUGGAACCCGCAACCAUUUCUAACUCAACAUUAUCAUCAACAGCUUGAAGUAACCAGAUCUAACUCAACUUUAUUAUCAAUAGA